AUGAAACAAAAUCAAGGAAAUCGUGGAAAUCGCGGAAAUCGUAGGAGCCGUGGAGGUCAUGGAAUUCAUGGAAGUCGCGAAAUUCAUGAAGUUAUAGCAGUUGGUAGAAGUCGUGGUAAAAGUCAUGGAAAUAAUGAAGAUACCGAUUCUGUUCAAGGUGACCACGCUUCAUUUUUCUCAGAAAUAAUUUUACAAGAUCAAUGUGAAAAAGAAUGGAGGGCACCCGCCAAAAAACGUUAUCAGGAAGACACAGAGUGUCAAAAUUAUCCUAACGAACUUGGAUUUAGAACGUGCCUGACUCAGACAGGUAGAAAAUAA